AAUAAACGUCAUUCGGUGCGAAAACUUUCGUUCCAAAACAAAUCCGAACUUCCCCCGAGCUGUUAGUUGUUAUUCUGUUUCUCUAUGAGAUUAACGCUGCUGAGAAGGAUGUCGUUCGUAGAUCUUGCGUCGCUCAGAAUCAAGUACAAGUCGGAGAAAGAGAUCUUUCUAGAAUCAAGCAUCGAGCGAAAGGAACCGAUAAGCCUAUUUCGCAAGUGGAUGCAAGAUGCCGUCGAAACUCCAGAAAUCAUCGAACCGAACGCUAUGUGCUUGGCAACAGCAACAAAGGAUGCUGUACCGUCGGCACGGUUUGUGCUGCUGAAAGAUGUUACCGAGGAAGGCUUUACAUUCUUUACCAACUACGAAAGCCGCAAGGCGGACGAGCUGGCCGAAAAUCCCAACGUGGCCCUUGCCUUCUACUGGCUACCAUUGAGACGGUCCGUUCGCAUCGAGGGUACGGCCGAGCGUAUAUCGCGCGAAGCGUCGGAAACCUAUUUCCAUCAGCGGCCGCGCGCCAGCCAAAUCGGAGCCCUGGCCAGCCCGCAGAGCCAACCGAUACCGAGCCGGGAGUUUUUGGACAAAAAGGAAAAGGCCAUCAAAGAGGAGCUCGGACCGGACACGGAAGUGCCCCUGCCGAACUGGGGCGGCUAUAUGGUACGCCCGAAAGCGAUCGAAUUUUGGCAGGGACAGACAAACCGUCUGCACGAUCGCAUCCGGUUCCGUAAGGCGCUUAAGGAGGGCGAAGCAGUCGAUGGAACGCUGCUGCACCAAGGUGAGGAAGGGUGGGUGUACGAACGGCUGGCACCAUAGACAGCCGGAACUGGUUGACCGCAGUCUAGCGACGGCAGUCUAGAGAAACGCAAAAGUCUUCCAACGAUCGAUAAGAAAUACCUGGACCACUUAGUGGUGUCCUGCAUUUUUGUUUUCGGAAAUUUUGUAAGCAGGAAAAAUCAACAACCUCACUGAACUACACACGCAUUUUGGUUUCCGGAACAAUGUUAAACCGGGUUUUCUUUGUUUGUUAGUUUGCUUGUAAGGAUUCCUGUUCGACCAGUGGGUAGGGAAAACAAGUCUGUGUUUGACAUCGCUUAUUUAAAUUACAAUAAAACCUGUGGGUUUGCUGCAAAACCUCGCUCGGAA